AUGCCCACUGCAACACAAUACUUCGGUGUAGCCAUCACCAAUCUCGGUCCUUUGACCACGACAUACACUGCCCCAUCGUCAUGCCUCACCGCAACAACAGAUCACAUUCAAUAUGCUAUUUCAGGCUCUUUGGAGUAUGUGAUUGGCAGUCCCAGAUGCACUGCCGAUAGUCUUGGUAAAUGCAUUCCUUCGGGCUCUGUCCUGGAUUCUAUGGUCGCCGAGAGGUUUGGCAGACAAUCUGGACAAGGCUUUCAACACUACUACUCACCUGGUGUCUAUUGCCCUCAUGGUUGGACCACCGCUGCAGUUCUCGCUCAUGGCCAAAAGACCGAUUCGGUGGAACGCAGUGGUUUCUUCACUGCUACGGCCAGGGGCAACUGGUCAAUGCCGCAGGGCAUGAGGCCAGAUGACGAAUGGCUCAAUAUUCUGGAGCCUUCUGAGACUCUUGCUUAUUGUUGUCCGAGCGGUUGGACCGGUGUCGUGGGCGGAAAUUGCAAAACCUCCAUCGAGCCCUUCGAAUCAUCUGAGUUCACCAACGCUUGCUACGAAGAUUCCCCCGGAAACGACGUCGUCACAGUUUACACCGUGGAGGGCGAGUCCUGGACCGACUCAAAGGGCCUUCUCUCCGCGAUACCUGUGACAGGGACCUGGCCUCAGACCACAGGACCGUCCACAAACCCUUGGACCCAGGAGACCGCUGUCGUUGUCGCUAGGAACAUGCCUGCUAUCCCACUCGUCUUCAAGGCUUCGGAUGUCGAGGCUGCUAAGAACGAUACCAAGGAUGAAAAGGACGGCGAUGGCAAGGAUGACAAGAAUGAUGCCACUUCGCGUCAGCCGAAGUUGCUGGGACUUGCUCCAAUGGCUGCGCUAGUUGUUGGUGCCCUUACUGGAGCUGGGCUCUUGAUGCCUUGGUGA